UUUGUCUGUGUGGUGAAACAUAGUGUGGAGACUGUUUUUAUUGGCAGCUGGUAAAACCAUAGACUGAACUCUGUUCAUUAUCAGGUUCACUGGUAGUCACAACAGUCAGAAACUAUGGAAGCUAAACUUGCAGCAAUUCUCGGUCUAAUUCUGCUAGAACUUUCUGCUGCUUUGAUCUGACUCCUUAAAACUUUUAUUUUCUACAUGAAGAUACAGACAAGGAUUUCCUGGCCUCUGGUGGAGGCUCAAAGGUAAAGGAGACAGGGACUGCUGGGAGAUUGAUGGUUCUGAUGAUACCAAACAAGGUGCAGGAGAGGAUGAUGGUCUUGAAGAUGCUAAUGACUGCUUGCAAGGUGGUGGAGAUGCAGACUCUAAGGACUGAGGAGGUUCUGAUUGUGAUGUUGAUACUGGCUCUGAGGAAAGCUCUGAUAAAGACUGGAGACACUGAUAGAAAUAGAUGACACCAUCAUCCUGGAGACAGGAAAUGAGUUGCAAUGCCGGAGGCCACUUCCUCUGGGAAUGAUUGUUAGCUUCGCUGUCCAGAGGUGACUGUGGUUGGGACACGUCUGGUGCUUCCCAGCACAAAUAAUCUGUUCUCCUCCUGAUGGGUUAAGUGUUUUGGUAAAUGUUUCUGUCCUAAUUUGGUGCUGGAUUGAAUCCAAAUGCAGACAGGAUGCAGGCAAGAUUGUGAUAGAGGGAUUUAAACCACAAACUGCAGGAAGCCUGUAAAUGUGCAAACAUGAAACACUGCUAGAAAUCACACACAGCCUGAAGUCCAUCACUUUCUAUUUAUUCGUUUACCUUAUUCGUUAUUUCAGAAAGUAAAAUUACUCUGUGUUUAUAUCAGUCACAAAGUGUGUCUGUUGCUGUCGCUGGUGGAUCUUGGUGCGGUUCAGUGCGCAGCCCGGCUAAUACGUAUAUAAAACAACUAAACUGAACACAAAGAACAAAGACCUGAAAACCAACGGGGUCACAUUGAGCUUUCAUGACUGACUGUGUUCGUGUUCUAAUGUAGAUUUUCUUCUGUUCCUGAAUCUGAAGAAUGAAAGGAACCAUAUUCUCCGCCUUCUCCUUCUGGUGUCAUAAAAGCAUACAGACUUUAGGGACUUUUAGGAUUUCAAACGUAAAUUUAAUGCCUUCUGUCGGAGCAGAAUAUUGGCUCCUACGGACUUCCAUACCCGCAGCAGCUCCGCUGUUCAUGAAGAUGCAGAAACGGAAACAGGUUGUAUUUGUCUAUGAACUCUGACGUUUACUGGUUGUUCCUUUUGCAUCUUUAAUAGAAAACUGAACUCCACCCGGAACCGGAGGUUUUGCAACGGGCUGAUGGAGUGCCGACACGCCGCCGUUUCGUCCCUCAGCUGGGUGCUGGUGGUCGGGGCAGCGGCCUACCUGCUGCGGCAGACCCGCAGCUGCGGAGAGUACGGCCGCUACACGAAGGCGGACAGCCGGUGCUGGCCGGCCACGCUGGGCUGGUUUCUGCAGGAAGUUCCGGCCUUCCUGGUACCGCUGCUGCUCCUGCUGAGCACGGAGGAACCGGAAGCCGGAACCGGGAGGAGGGUGCUCAUCUGGACCUUCAUGCUGCACUACUUCUACAGGAGCUUUGUCUACUCCUUGUUGACUCGAGGACGGCCCGUGCCUCUUAAGAUCAUCUUCUCCUCCAUUGUCUUCUGCUCACUGAAUGGCUUCCUACAGGGACAUUAUCUGCUGCACUGUGCCCAGUUCCAGCACACCUGGCUGAGAAACACUCGUCUUUUUGCAGGUGUUCUGGUGUUUUCCAUUGGUCUGACCAUCAACAUCCACAGUGACCACGUUCUGCGUAACCUGAGGAAACCUGGGGAGUAUGUCUACAAGAUCCCUCGCGGGGGGAUGUUUGAGUUUGUGUCUGGUGCUAACUUCUUCGGGGAGAUCACAGAGUGGUGUGGUUAUGCUCUCGCAGCUUGGUCCCUACCAGCCUUCGCCUUUGCUUUCUUCACCAUCUGCUCAAUUGGUCCCAGAGCCUACUAUCAUCACAGGUAUGUUUAAAGUCCUCUUCAGGGCUUGUCAGGUUGGAGGGGAGUUCCUGCCUCAAGUGGAGGAGUUUAAGUAUCUCGGGGUCUUGUUCACGAGUGAGGGAAGAAUGGAGCGGGAGAUCGACAGACGGAUCGGUGCG